AUGAAUGGCCAUAUCAAUGGUUCCGCCAACGGAACAACAGAAGAAACAAUCGAUGUAGCCAUCAUCGGCGCAGGCAUCUCCGGCCUCAACGCUGCAUAUCGAGUGCAGUCGAAACUGUCAGAGUACACAUACAAGAUCUUCGAGGCUCGCGACAACAUUGGCGGAACAUGGGAUCUUUUCAGGUACCCGGGAAUCCGCUCAGACUCUGAUUUCUACACUUUCGGCUUUGAAUGGAACACCUGGCCGAAGGAUAAUCCAAUUGUGCCGGGAGAGGAUAUCAAAGAAUAUCUGCAGCAAUCCAUAGAGAAGGAAGGUAUUGAUCGUCAUAUCGCGUUCCAUCAUCGACUGACAGCUUUGGAAUGGUCGUCGGAGUCCAUGCGCUGGACUCUGACUUUGGAGACGAAGGAUCAAACGAGGCAUGUUCAAGCACGGUAUGUCAUUGUUGGAACAGGGUACUAUGACUACCACGAACCAAUGAAUGCCGAAAUAUCGGGGCUGGGGAACUUCCAGGGAACAGUGAUUCACCCGCAAUUCUGGCCCGAGGAAUUGGACUAUACCAAUAAAAAGGUAGCCAUCAUAGGCAGUGGCGCCACAGCUAUCACCCUCGUACCCAACAUGGCGUCAACAGCAGCGCACACAACAAUGAUUCAACGCAGUCCGACCUAUGUCUAUCCAUUAUCGAACCCGACUCGGCGCUGGUUUGGUUGGUUCAUCCCCAGCCUAAUCCGAAGUCAACUCAGUCGUCUAAUCUUCAUUUUCUUACAACGCUUUUCAUACGCACUCUGCCGCGCCUACCCGAAACAGGCACGAUCUAUUCUUAUAUGGCGUAUGCGAAGCCUUCUCGGUGGCGUCUUGCCUGUCGACCCGCAUUUCAGUCCAAAGUACAACCCAUGGGACCAACGAGUCUGCUUUGCGCCAAAUGGAGACUUCUUCACGGCCCUUCGAUCUGGUAAAGCAGACGUGAAAACGGGACAUAUUCGAACCGUGACUGAAAAGAGCAUUAUUCUCGACAAUGGCGACGUUGUUGAGGCCGACAUUAUCAUCACGGCUACGGGGUUGAAGAUUUCCGUCGCUAGCGGUGUGCCCAUCAAGGUUGACGGUGAAAAGAUUUCAAUUCCUGAGAAGUUUCUCUGGAAUGGGUCUAUGUUGCAGGAUGUGCCUAAUUUUGCUAUCAUGAUUGGUUACACGACUGCCUCGUGGACGUUGGGUGCCGAUGCUACUGCGUUGCUUUUCACGCGUAUAGUGCGAUACAUGGAGCGUCGGAAUGCUGUUGUCGCCGUUCCGCGCCUCGAAGAUCCCUCUGUUUUAACAACUAGAAACAUAACGGAUUUGAAUUCGACGUACCUGGCGGUUGCACAGAAGCACAUGCCAAAGACAGCGGAGGAGUAUCCAUGGCGGCCGAGAACCAGUUACUAUGUUGAUAUCUGGCAGGCUAUGUUUGGACGCAUUGAUCGAGGUAUUGAAUAUAUUCCCGCAUCUGCGAAAUGA